AUGGGGACUCAAAAGAAAGAAAAGUCUAGAAGAGCUAGACAAAAUGAUACCAAGGAUGGGAAUCUCCGUGUGAAAGGAGAAAAUUUUUACCGUGAUGCCAAAAAGGUUAAGCACUUGCAAAUGUAUAAGAGUGGAAGAGCAGUACGUAAUGCACAAGGUGACAUUGUUCAAGCUGCUGCUUUGCAACUGACUGACGCUCCUACUGCUAGAGUUGACCCAAACCGUCGUUGGUUCGGAAAUACCAGAGUCAUUGCACAAGAUGCUUUGUCUCACUUCAGACAAGCUAUGGGUGAAAGGAAAAAAGAUUCGUACCAAGUUUUACUUAGAAGAAACAAAUUGCCAAUGUCUUUGUUGGAUGAGAAGGACAAGACCGACAGUCCAACCCUGAACAUUUUGGAAACUGAAUCGUACCAACAUGCAUUCGGCCCAAAGCAACAAAGAAAGAAGCCUAGAGUUGCUGCUUCCAAUUUGGAAGAAUUGGCUGAGUUAUCUGCCUCUGAUUCUACUAAGUACCUGGAAAAGCAAGAAUUGGAUUCUACUUUGGGACUCAUGGGUGGCUCAUUCUUAGAUAAAGAGGACUAUACGCAAGAGGCCAAGGAAGCCAUUUUCCACAAGGGUCAAUCUAAGAGAAUUUGGAACGAAUUAUAUAAGGUUAUUGAUUCUUCCGAUGUUGUUAUUCAUGUUUUGGAUGCUAGAGAUCCAAUUGGAACUCGUUGUGAAACCGUUGAAAAAUUCAUCAGGGAAGAAUGUCCACAUAAGCAUUUGAUUUAUGUGUUGAACAAGUGUGACUUGGUACCCACUUGGGUUGCAGCUGCAUGGGUUAAGCAUUUAUCCAAAGAUUAUCCAACAUUAGCAUUCCAUGCUUCUAUUACCAACUCUUUCGGUAAGGGUUCCCUCAUUCAAUUACUUCGUCAAUUUUCAUCAUUGCAUUCCGAUCGUAAACAAAUAUCUGUUGGAUUCAUCGGAUACCCAAACACUGGUAAGUCAUCAAUUAUUAACACCUUACGUCGUAAGAAGGUUUGUACUGUUGCUCCAGUUCCUGGUGAAACUAAGGUCUGGCAAUAUAUCACGUUAAUGAAGAAAAUAUUCUUAAUUGAUUGUCCUGGUAUUGUGCCACCUUCUUCAAGAGAUACCGAAUCAGAUAUUUUAUUUAGAGGUGUUGUAAGAGUGGAACAUGUUUCCAACCCUGAACAAUACAUACCGGAUAUGUUGCAAAAGUGUGAAAGGAAGCAUUUGGAAAGAACUUACGAAAUCAGUGGGUGGAGUAAAUUUGAAGAAGAUAUUAGUUUAUUGGAAAAGGCAAGUAUUGAAUUCAUUGAAUUAAUUGCUAGAAAGCAAGGUAGACUUUUAAAAGGUGGAGAACCAGAUGAAAGUGGUGUUUCUAAGCAAAUCUUGAAUGAUUUUAAUAGAGGGAAGAUCCCUUGGUUUACUGCUCCUCCUAAGGAUGAAGACAGCGAUAAAAAGACUGGUGAAGAUAAGAGAGCUGAAGUAAAGAGAAAGAGAGCUGAAAGAGAGGGCAAGUUAAACAAUGCCGUUGCUGAAGAGACUCCAAUUGUAGGUGAAGCAAAGGAUGGCGAAUGGGAAGGUAUUAAAGACGAAUAG